AUGAAGAAAAUUCCAUGUAGUUAUUAUAAAAUAAAUAAAGAAUGUAAAAAUGAUUUAACAACAUUCAAAUAUAAUGAAGAAGAUAAACAUCAUCCAUUAAAACUAGAAAGAGAGUAUGUUAAAGCAUUAAAUGCUACUAAAGUUGAUAAGAUAAUGGCUAAACCAUUCAUAUCAUCAUUUUCAUAUCACACUGAAGGAAUUACUGGAUUGUGUAAAGAUUAUAGUGGUAAAUAUAUAGCCACGUCAUCAUUUGAUAAACAUGUUGUUAUUUAUGAUGUAUUUAAUAAGAAGUGUAUUAAAGAUAUAAAAAUGGAUGAUUUUAUCAAUGGAAUAGGAUUAAAUAAUAAUGUUUUAUGUGUUGGUCAAGAUACAAGUGUUGUUGUUAAAAGAGUUGGAGAUUUGAGCAGUGAAGAGAUUGAUCUUAAAAAUUAUUUAAAUUCUUUAGAUUUUUAUAACAACACAAUAGUGACAACACAUCAUGAUUUUAUAAAUGUUAUUGAUUUAGAAAGGAAUGAAGUAUUAAAUAAUAUUAGUUUACAAGGAGAUAAUCAAGUCAUUAAGAUUAACAAAACAUUUGAUAAUAUCAUAGGUGUGGCUUCAACAAACUUCCAUCUGUAUGACAUAAGAAUGAAUAAGGAAAUUUAUAAAAUUGAUCAAAGUGUCAAUUGUGUUGAUUUUCAUGAAAAUAAAAUUGUUUUUGGGAGUGAUAAGAUUACAGUAACUGAUUUUAGAAAAUUAAAUGAGGAAUAUUAUGGUAAGAAGUACUUUAACAAGCAUACAAAUGAAAUUUUAAGUGUAAACUUUUCUAUGACUGGACAUAGAAUUGUGAGUGGAUCUAGUGAUACAACUAUUAGAAUAGAGAAUAUUAAUAGUAAGAAUUCACAGAUUUAUUAUAAUGAUAGAAUGGGAAUUGUUAAUGGAGUAUCAUUUUCAAACUGUAAUUCUUUUAUAUUUUCUGGAUCAGAUGAUGGUUCUUUAAGAUUAUGGAGAUCUUAUCCAAAUGCACCAAGUAAAAAUUUAUCUUAUCAAGAAGAAAUGUCGAGGUUGGAGAAUGACAGGCUUAAGAAUAAGUUUAAAGAUUUUAAAGAAAUUCAGAGGAUUAGAAAUCACUCUUUCUAUAAAAAGAAUUAUAAAAAAUAA